GGGUUAUUUUGUGUCAAAAUGGUUAUUGUUCCUUUGCUGAUAACAUCGCUGCCACUUGUCACUCCCAAGCAGGUGUAGGCAUUGACAAAUACCUGGUAUAAAUUUCAGUAUAUUUUAUUUUUGUUUCCUUACAGGAGAUAAGUUUACUCCCAGGCACCCAUGGAUAGGCUUGAAGGGUAUUAUUUUUCCUCCCUUUUCAGCAGCAGUUUUCUGCUCUCCAGCAUACUGUUCUCUAAAAUAAGUAGAGAACAGAGAGAUCCAUACAUGGAUGAAAUCUUUCACAUACCACAGGCCCAGCACUACUGCCAUGGACACUUUAAUAAGUGGGAUCCCAUGAUCACAACGUUACCUGGCUUGUACCUGGCGUCGGUGGGCAUAGUGAAGCCUGUGGCUUGGCUCUUUGCAUGGAGCGAAAGUGUUGUCUGCUCCCCUGGGAUGCUGCGCUUUGUAAACCUUCUUUUUAGCCUUGGCAAUCUAUAUAUCUUGUAUCUAAUUAUUUGUAGGAUACACUACAAGCAGAAUGUUUCAAGUUUUAGAAGAAUCCUGUCUACCCUUAAUUUAUAUGUCUUUCCGACUUUAUAUUUCUUUACGUUCCUCUACUAUACAGACACUGGAUCCACCUUUUUUAUUCUGUUUACGUACUUAAUGUGUCUUUAUGGAAACCAUAAAAGUGCUGCCCUUUUAGGGUUCUGUGCAUUCUGUUUCCGUCAAACAAAUAUCAUAUGGGUCAUUUUUUGUGCUGGAAAUGUUAUUUCGGAAAAGCUAACAGAAGAAUGGAAGAGCCAUUUGAAGAAGAAGAGAGAUGAGAAGCCUGUGGAAAAAGGCCAGUUUUCAGAAACUGUAGACCUUGUAAUGUUUGUUGUUCGUUACUCCAUGUCCUUCAAAAAUGUGUUGAGACUUAUUGUGUUAACAUGGCCUUACAUCACCUUAGUUAUUUCUUUCUUGGGUUUUGUUAUUGUUAAUGGUGGAAUAGUCGUAGGAGACCGAAGCAACCAUGAAGCUUGUUUAAACUUUCCCCAGGUGUUUUACUUCCUCUCUUUUACCCUUGUUUUUUCCUUUCCACACCUUAUUUCUACACAAAAAAAAUCAGACUUCGUUAGGUCUAUAACAAGACAUCCUCUCUUAUACAUUGGAUUAACCACCAUAUCUUUAUUUCUUAUCUGGAAAUUCACUUAUGUGCACAAGUACUUGCUGGCAGACAACAGGCACUACCCUUUCUAUGUCUGGAAGAAAAUAUUCCAGAGACAUGAGCUGGUCAAAUAUGUUCUAGUUCCGGGCUAUAUUUUUGCUGCUUGGACCUUCACUGAUGCUCUGAAGGGGAAGUCAGUGUUGUGGCUCUUGAUGUUUUCUGUCUGUUUACUCUUUGCUACGGUCCCUCAGAAGUUGCUGGAGUUUCGUUACUUCAUCCUGCCAUAUCUCAUCUUCAGGCUAAAUAUACACAUACCUUCUGUAAGAAAGCUCCUUCUUGAGCUGGUUCUUUAUAUCACUGUGAACAUAGCAACUUUCCACCUGUUUUUAAAUAAAACCUUUCACUGGCCUGAUAGUGAGGACAUUCAGAGGUUUAUGUGGUAAACUGAUGGACCAUGCUUUGG